UUUCCAUACAAUGAUCAGGGAUAAUGUUCAAGUACACCUUUAACCCUGGACAACGGUAACCAUACGAUCUAAAGAACACACAUAAAAAAUCUUCCCCAAUUUAGCGCGCAAAUUCGACAACCUAAACCCUCAUUGGAAAAAUAUUUCCCCAAUUCAAUUGAAUCAAAUGCUUACCAUAUCAUCUUCUUCGCUACUGCCCAUUACAAGUUAUUCAAAAUGUAAAAUUUAUUCUGUACCAAAACCUAAUUUCUUCAUAAUUCGAUCAUCAUCUUCCACUAUAAAUAAAUCUGUUUUAGCGGGGAUAGAAUUAGAACCGUCGGCGGCGGCGGAAAAGGCGGAAUUUCCGGCGAUAAAGUCGGCUAAGAGGGUAGUUUUGGUAAGGCAUGGACAGAGUACGUGGAAUGAUGAGGGAAGAAUUCAAGGAAGCUCUAAUUUCUCUGUUCUUACUCCUAAAGGCGAAUCUCAAGCUGAAACUUCUCGCCAGAUGCUUCUAGAUGAUUCCUUUGAUGUUUGCUUCACUAGUCCCCUGGCUAGGUCAAAGCGAACUGCUGAAAUUAUUUGGGGUAGCCGUAAGGAGCCAGUGAUCCCAGAUUUCGACUUGAGAGAAAUAGAUCUGUAUUCUUUUCAAGGGCUAUUAAAACACGAAGGAAAGGAGAAAUUUGGUGCUGCUUUUCGCCAAUGGCAGUUAGAUGCUCCAAACUUCAUCAUAGAUGGUCAUUAUCCUGUAAGGGAGUUGUGGACACGAGCCAGAAGCUGUUGGGAUAGAAUCUUAACCCAUCAAAGCAAGUCCGUACUUGUGGUUGCUCACAAUGCUGUGAAUCAAGCUCUUGUUGCAACAGCGAUUGGCUUGGGAACUGAGUAUUUCAGAGUUCUACUUCAGAGCAACUGUGGCGUGAGUGUGCUGGAUUUCAUUCCUCGCCCUGAAGACAAGUCCCUUUACAUUUCCCUUAAUCGAUUAAAUCAGACUCCUAAUUCACCUAUUGCUGCUGGAAGUUCUGGGGGUCGGAAAUCUAGCAAGCGCAUCAUUCUAGUUUGUCACGGUUCUUUGGUGGACAAUGAGGAGGCUAAUUCCUCACUUCUAGGAAAUCAACCUAUGAAUAUGCUUGGCAUCAUUCAGUCCCAAAAAAUCGCAGAGCUACUUCUCGAUUUGAAGGUGAAUACAAUUGUUAGCGCCCCUGGAAAAGCCUCGACAGAGGCAGCACAGAUCAUAUCGAAGGUGCAAGAAGCCGCAGAUUGCUUAGGUGCUGAUUGUAUACCACGAUAUGUGGAUGUUAAACAGAUGACAGAACUGGAUGCGGACAUAUUGCUUGCCCAAACAAAACAAGAAACAGGUGUUGAUCCUGACAUUCUGGAUGGACUCGGAGACACUGUUCUUGGUCAUCUAUGGGAUCAGACUGGAAAAGUAUGGCAAACUUUAAUAAACGAAUUAGCUGAUCCAUCAGAGGUCGUUGUUGCUAUAGGAAAUCCGACUCUGCAUAUAGCUUUGAUGACACAUUGCCUGAAGUUAUCGAAAGAUCAAAUUGGGUCGUUCCAUCUUGAUGAAGGUAGUAUUAGUGUUAUUGACUUCCCCGAUGGACCGAGUGGAAGAGGCGUUGUUCGGUGCAUAAAUUACACUGCACAUUUAGGAAGAUGGUCGAUUCCUAUCACUAGACCAACAAUGGAUGACGAAGAGUUUUACUAGUCAUUAUUCUGUAUAUCCUUGUAUAAAACGACAAUAUUGUAUACAAUAUACACAAUAACACAAAUUUGUUUUGUGAGAAAGUUUUAUCCAUUUCCAUUC